AUGAAGCUCGGCUCCAACCUUCAGUCGUUGUUGCUAGCGGCCACCCUCGGCUUCGCCAAAGAAGAGGAGGUCGUGGCCGGCACAGACUUUUCGCCAUGUCCCUCAGCGUGUGACGGCACCGGCCCCAGUGACUGGGCCGUCUAUGGGUCUCUUGAAAGCCUUUCACGCUGCGAGAAGCCCAUGCUGUUUGACUUUGCGGUUCUCAACCCUCUGGAUGACCCGGAGACAACUGCCAAGUUUAGAGCCUGUACUUCUGAUGAGAAGACUGCCUCUCGACUAGCCCGUUGUGCUGAAGCUGAGAUUCCGCAUGAUGGAGACUCCUUGAAGGGUGCCCGCGGUGCCUGGUGGUCUUCCGAGAUUCGAGCUGCUGGCAAGGAGCAGCACAUUGUCGCUGGUAUCGAACAUAUCGAGGAACAGCUUCAUCGCGAUGAAAAGGCCAAGAAGGAUACCAUUUUCUUCAGCUACGUUAAGGGCACUGUUGUCGGCUUCUACCUCGGUGGUCUUGUCGACAAGACCAACGCCGUGUCUUCCCUUCUGGAGGAGAUCAGCCAGCGCUCGCAAGCAACUGACGCAUCCCGAGGUAUUAUUCAGGUGUGUGGUGGCAACCUCACUGCCGAUUACACUGUGGGAGUUGCCAUCUCCACUGAAAACGAUCUCAUCUUCAUUCAGAAGACGAUCAAGUCGUGGGUCGAGGCUAAGUGUGUCACCACUGGCGAUGCCUCUGACGAGGAGAAUCUUGACCAUCUCAAGAUCAAGUUGAUCCCCACUAAGAAUGCCAGGAGCCUCCUCUCUCGCCACGCUCACUCCCAUGGCCACUCCCACUCACACCUCCACUCUCACCACAACGCUCUGAUGUCACGAGCUACUUGCACCACCCGGAAGGUCAUCUCUGGAGAUUCCUGCGGUUCCCUUGCCACAAAGUGCGGAAUCAGUGGUGCUGACUUUACCAAGUACAACAACUACGACAAAAACUUGUGCUCGAAGCUUGUAGAGGGCCAGGUCGUCUGCUGUUCAUCGGGGUCGCUGCCAGAUCUUAGGCCCAAGCCCAAGGCAGACGGUGAAUGCUUUUCUUACACGACCAAGAAAGACGACAGCUGCUCAAAGAUUGCCGCUGCCAACGGUCUCAAGGCGACGGACCUCGAUGGGUUCAACAAGGAGACUUGGGGCUGGAACGGAUGCAAGAACCUCUUGAUCGGACAGACCAUCUGCCUGAGCAAGGGAACACCCCCACUUCCUGCACCUGUUUCCAACGCUCAAUGUGGGCCAACCAAGAAGGGAACCAAGAAGCCCUCGGGAGACAAGAAGCUGGCUGAUCUCAACCCUUGCCCGCUGAAUGUCUGUUGCAACGUCUGGGGUCAAUGUGGAACUACCAAGGACUACUGCACCAAGUCCAAGUCCGAAACGGGCAACCCAGGCACUGCCAAGCCAGGCGAGAACGGAUGCGUAAGAUCGCCUACUUUGAGUCCUGGAACCAAGAUCGCCCGUGCCUUCACAUCCGCCUUCACGUCUGGUUGGACCCAUGUUCACUUUGCCUUUGCCAACAUCACCAAGGACUACAAGGUCAACGUCGAGGACACAUACGGCCAGUUCAAGAACUUCAAGGGUCUCAAGGGUGUCAAACGCAUUGUUGCCUUUGGUGGAUGGUCCUUCUCUGUUGGUAUCCCUACCUACGCGAUUCUACGCGAGGCUGUCAAGCCAGCCAAGCGAGAGGCAUUUGCCACCGAGAUUGUCAACUUUGUCAACAACAACAAGCUUGACGGUGUCGACUUUGACUGGGAGUAUCCAGGUGCCCCAGAUCUACCGGACAUUCCUGCUGGAGGCGAGAAAGAACCGGAUGACUAUCUCGAGUUUUUGAAGCUGGUCAGAAAGAAGCUGGGUAAGGAAAAGUCUCUUUCUAUUGCAGCCCCUGCUUCUUUCUGGUACCUCAAGCAGUUUCCCAUUGGUGAAAUCUCAAAGAUCAACAGCAGGCUAACAGGCCUCACAAAGAUUGUCUACAUGACGUAUGAUCUUCACGGCCAAUGGGAUUUCGAGUCGUCAUGGGGCGCUGAGGGUUGUCCCAAGGGUAGCUGUCUUAGAUCACAUGUCAACAUGACCGAGACCAUGAACUCACUGGCCAUGAUCACCAAGGCUGGUGUCGAGGCACGACAAGUCGUGGUUGGUGUCUCCAGCUACGGACGAUCGUUCCAGAUGAGCAACGCCAACUGCAAGGUAAGUGACGAGGUGGACAACACGGAAUGGGUCGCGUACAUGACAGAGACAACGAAGAAGCGCAGGAUCUCCAAGUACAAGGGCCUCAACUUUGGCGGCACCUCUGAUUGGGCCAUCGAUCUUCAACAGUUCUGGGCUGAUACCGAGAACAUCGAUGAUACUCGAAGCAACUUUACCGAAGGAACCGACGGAACCUACGAGUGGUGCGACAAGGAGUACGACUCAGUUGAAGACAUUCCCGACUCGAGCCCCGGAAAGUGCAUUCCCUCGUAUAUUUUAGGAGGCCUUAAGAAAGAACUCGCCACCGCCAUAACGGAUUACAAGGAGGUGUCCAAAGACCCCUUCGCUGACACACGACAGUUCAAGUGGUAUGUCGACUGGGUCAAGGACGGCAUCGAUCCCGCUCUGGACAAGUUCAUGCAAAUUAUUGCCGGCGAAGGCAACAAGUACAUGGACUGCGAGUGGUCAUCCCAGUUCAACGAAGGGUCCGGCUCUUGUACCAAGGUCUACCUCAAGGUCCCGCCAGGCAUGGGGGGUGGGUUGAGAGUCAUCAAGUACAAGGUGGUUGACGAAGACGGCUUCUACAAGGCCCUCCUGGAGCACACAGGCAUUGAGAAAGACUGGAUCGAAUGGCGCGACUAUUCUCAGCCCGAUCCUUGCCCCUGUGCAACAGGACCCCUCAAGGCUCGAGACGCCAAGGAGGAACUGAAGGCGGAAGCUAAGGCGGCCGCAUUCUGUCCCUGCCUCAACGAUGCCACAAUGUUCAAGAACUAUCCUCGUCGAAGAAAGGACACGGGCAAGAUCAAUGUGCCCAAUCCCAAGGAGAUGAUCGACGAGGCCAUUCCCAAGACGGAUGAACUUGCCGACCUUCUAGACUACACGUACAGCAAGAGCAAGGAUAGGAGUCUUGACGCGUCUGGUGAGGAUGCUGCCACUGCUUUCAGCAUGCCUGUCUUCAUGCUUGAGGAUGCUAUCGAGUCUAUCAAGACGGUCAAGGAGAUUGGUGAGAAGCAGAAGGAGACUAAGACGAAGGAGUUGGUCAUGAACAUUCUGACCAUCGUCUUUGCCGUCAUCCCCUUUGUCGGUCAAGCAGCUUCAGCUCUCGGUGGCGCCGCAGUCAUCGCCCGUGCCGCUCUCAUUGUUGGAGAAGCCGGUAACGCGGCACUGAGCAUCGUUGAGAUCGUCGACGACCCCCUCUCUGCGCCGUUUGCCAUUCUGGGCAUGCUCAUCGGUGCGGGUGGUAUCAAGACCAAGGGCCCUCGCAAGGCCUUCAACGAUGCUGCUGAAGCUCGUCGUGUCCUUGAUACUGGCAAGCUCAAGCUGUUUUCUCCUGCUUUUAGACGCAAGGAUGAAGCAGUUCAGAACCUCUUGAAGAAGCAGACUUGCAAGAUUGGAUGA